AUGCCGGCCAGCGAUGACAGGUCUGGAGAGUCAGUACCGCCUCCUGCCCAGGCAACAGACUCUCUUCCAAUAUUAUGCAGGACAACUUCUCCUGCUCUUCCGUCUGAUUCUCCCGUUUCCAGCUCCCUUCCAAGACACAUAACGACUGCGCGACUCGCCUCACCUAUCCCGAACAAUCCCGAAUUUCCAGAAGCAGGGGGCAGGCAAGCGUUCAUUACAACCCAAGCUACGCCUGAUGGUCAGCAAGACUUUACGGUGAAGGACACUCCAUCUCCGGCACUUCAGCCGUCCACGUCAACGUUAACGUCGAAACUGUGCACCGUGUCCCCUCCGCCGACCAAUCAUGAAUCCCAACCCCGGUCAUCAUCCCCGGUUCCAGCAAAUAAUGACAUCAAUUCAUCUCAAGUAAUACCUGGACAGGUCGAUGAUACUUCCCGCAACGUCGCCGCAUUAACAGAAGAUCCAGAAAUCGUUAGAAGGCAUUUGGUUCAACCUCAGGGAAGCUCGGAUGGACUCAAUGACAAUUCUUCAGGGUCUGAGUCCGGGAGCGGGAAGGCUUCCAAUGGCGCAGACGAAUUUUCCAGUUUGCAACUUCAGGGCGGGGACAUAACUCGACCGGUAUAUAGAUGGGCAGAAGAAGCGGAGGCUCAAGAAACAACAAGGCGACGGCGAAGUUUCGAUAUGCCCAGACCAGAACCAGAGCAUGCGACCAUGGAUAUUGGCUCCAUCAAAGUUCCUGGAGGCUUUCGAAGGGACUACCUUCGUAGGACGGCUGUGGCCCCAGAAAGCAACAGCCUCCGUCCUUCUGCAGGAUAUGAUCGCCACACUAGUCCGCCUCAACUACCAACCCAGAGCUUUUUGGAAUUUCUCACACUCUAUGGCCAUUUUGCUGGUGAAGAGCUAGAAGAGGAUGAUGAAGCUCUCGGGCCCGAUGAGUACUUUGUGCCAGAGCUCUGGACUGAAGGGGAGGAAGAGCCCUGCGAAGAAACUUCGCUCCUCCCCCCAGGUGCUCCUGGGAAGCACCCCAGAAGACACAGAGAACGCGCACCGAAAGCCACUAACUCCGCGACGGGGGCUAUGCUACUGCUUCUAAAGUCUUUUGUUGGAACAGGAAUCCUCUUCCUUCCUAGGGCUUUCCUCAACGGCGGCAUGCUCUUUAGUUCGGUUGUCCUGAUUGCAGUUUCGCUGCUUAGUUACUAUUGCUUCAUCCUCCUUAUAAAAACAAGAUCUAAGAUAGAUGGCUCCUUCGGUGAUAUCGGCGGCAUCUUAUACGGAAAGCAUAUGAGAAGGGUUAUUCUUGGGUCCAUCGCUCUGAGCCAGUUUGGCUUUGUCGCCGCAUAUACAGUAUUUGUGUCCACCAACUUGCAGGCUUUUGUACUUGCCAUUACCGAGUGCAAGACGUUCAUCAGUAUUCAAUUCUUAAUAUUGAUGCAACUGCUUAUCUUCCUUCCCCUCUCGCUUAUUCGCGAUAUUAGUAAACUCGCCUUCACGGCUCUGAUCGCUGACGCUUUUAUUCUCCUUGGAAUCGUGUAUCUUUACGGCGUUGACAUCAGAACUAUUGUUGAUCAGGGCGGCAUUGCAGACAUUAAGGCAUUCAACCCGCAAAGCUGGCAACUCUUGAUCGGAACAGCCAUAUUUACCUACGAAGGCGUUGGGCUGAUCAUUCCUAUACAGGAGUCUAUGAAACAACCCCAACAAUUUCCUCGCGUUCUGGCUCUUUGUAUGAUUGUGAUCACUGUGAUAUUCCUGUCGAGUGGCGUUCUUGGAUAUGCAACCUUUGGAUCCAAGACUGAAACGGUGGUACUAUUGAACCUGCCUCAAAAUGACAAAUUUGUGAACGGGGUUCAAUUUCUAUAUUCCAUUGCCAUUUUACUUAGCACUCCACUACAACUUUUUCCCGCGAUACGGAUAAUGGAAAACGGGUUAUUCACACGAAGUGGCAAAUACAAUCCGGGCAUCAAAUGGAAGAAAAAUAUCUUCCGGUUUGUUCUAGUAAUAUUUUGCGCACUGGUUGCCUGGGGGGGUGCCGCUGAUCUAGACAAGUUCGUCGCGCUCGUUGGCAGUUUCGCCUGUGUGCCUCUUGUAUAUGUAUAUCCGCCACUUUUACACUGGAAAGCCAUUGCUACAACUCGGUUUCAACGAUGGUCCGACAUUACGUUAGCGGUAUUUGGAACUAUUGUAUGCGUCUACACAACCACAUUGACCAUUACAAAUUGGGCCGCGGGCUCAAGUGAUCCCAGAACACCAGGCUAUUGUGAUGUUUAG